AUGAUUAGAUUAAAUUUCCACUGUUCUCUAAUUCCAAAUGGAAGACAAACCAGACCAAGCAGUAACCAUGGUUCAUUCAUCAUCCAAAACACCAGAGCUUCAAAAUUCUCUCAACAGGUUUCCAUCAAAGUUAAGGCCAUAAAAGGUGAGAUGAAUGGAGAAACAAAUGGAUCUUCAGGAAGUAGCUGGGACCCUGGAUUGGAAAUUGAAGUCCCUUUUGAACAAAGACCGGUAAAUGAGUACUCAUCUCUGAAGGAUGGCAUGCUGUAUUCAUGGGGCGAACUGGGUCCAGGAUCGUUCUUUCUUCGCCUUGGAGGUCUCUGGUUGGCAGUAUUCACAGUCCUUGGAGCGCCAAUUGCAGCUGCAAGCUUUAAUCCUUCAAGAGAGCCUCUGAGAUUUAUACUAGCUGCUGGAACAGGAACACUCUUCAUUGUGUCUUUAAUUAUCUUGAGGAUUUAUCUGGGGUGGAGUUAUGUUGGUGAUAGACUUCUGUCUGCAGUCAUUCCUUAUGAAGAAAGUGGAUGGUAUGACGGGCAGAUGUGGGUCAAGCCGCCUGAGAUCCUAGCUCGUGAUAGAUUAUUGGGCUCUUACAAGGUUAAACCAGUUGUUAAACUGCUGAAACAGACUCUAGUUGGGACUGGAGCGUUACUUGUUACCGGAGUUAUGCUAUUUAUCUUUGCUACACCAGUGGAGAAUUUUUUUCGUUCCACCUUUACCACAGAAGAAAAUAAAUCAACUGCCCAAGUUUCCAAAGUCAAUACAAAGUUCAGCCUAAGAAAAGAGGAGUUGCUUAAAUUGCCUGCCGAUGUGAAAGCCGACGACAAUCUUGCAGCUGCUGCUGCUGAGGCUGCUGAUGGAAGACCAGUAUACUGUAGAGAUAGGUUUUAUCGAGCAUUAGCAGGAGGCCAGUACUGCAAAUGGGAGGAUCUGCUCAAGUAAAAGACAAAAAGGAUGCACACAUAUAAUUUCAUAUAGUAAAAGCAGUUUAUCAUUUGUUACAA